CCUCGUACACUCCCAGAGGAACACCACACAAGAACAUCACCACCAUGUCCGGCCGAGGAGGACGAGGCGGUCGCGGUGGCCGCGGCGGCGGAGGCGGAGGAUUCGGCGGUGGCCGCGGUGGUCGUCGCGCAGUAGCCGCCAACUCGGUUCCCUGGCAAAUGGACCCGACCAUCGCUCUCGACGGAAAACCCUCUGAACUCUUCCCUCCUUACAAAGUCCCCCGCGCGCCGGUCCUCUCGAAAAAGGACGACCGACAAGUCUCCUUCUUUCUUUCGUUCCGCGAACAAUGCCACGACUCGCCUCUCUACACGCAAUCCCGCACGUGGGCGACCUUUUCGUCGUCGUCAGCAAGUAGUAGUCUCUUUGGGAGCAGCGCCAAAGCGACCAUUGACAUUUUCGAAGACGGCGUCCCCAGCUACUCGCACAAGUUCCAGCAAAAGGAACGGACGUUGCCUGACUUGGCGUCAAGGCCAUUCGCCAAAGAAUUUUUCCCCGCGGAAUUACAUGCUACGCUGGAUGGGGUUGAUGGUGGUUCGUCGGCGGCGGCCUCUGGAGCGAAACGGCGCAAGACGUCGGCGGCGGCAAAAACUAUUGCGUUGUCGUCGGCAGAGUACAAGACGGCCGAAGACGUGUUUGGUCUUAAAAAGGUCGAGGACGGCGGGGAGGAUGCGGCGGUGGGGAUCCUGUCGGAUGAUGAUGAGGAUGAUUGGGUGAAGAAUAACGAGGAUGAGGACGGGAACCCGGUGGCUGAAGAGGACGAUGAUUUCGAGGAGGAUAGUGGGGAUGAUUAUAAUGCCGAGCAGUACUUUGAUGGCAACCAGGAUGAUGAUGAUUAUGAUGAGGGUGGGGAUGAUGGGGGGGAUUACUACUAG